AUGGCUAUGGCCGUUAGGUCGCAAACGCCAGUGCAGGACACUUACGGCUCUAUUCCACACCACCCCGAUCUGCUAUUAAAUCGCGGGUAUAGCACGCGCUCUAGCUCCCGACCGAAUUCGAUCGUCGCCAGCACCUCCGGUUACCUUGCGCACGGCGCCAAUCCUGAGGCACCAACCUCCCACCCGUAUAACGGCCGCUUUCACGAGGAAUUCGAUGUUGCCAGUCAGCGCGACUCGGUAGACGGUCCAUCCGGCAUGCAGCGAUCCGCUUCCCAAAUGUCGCAGACCCGUUCCGCGACCCCGACCCGGACCAGUACAUUGAAGAAGAAAGCAUCCCUCAGCAAGAGGGGCAGUAUGCGCCGCAGCGGUAGCAAGCGCAGCUUGCGCGCGGGCAGUGUACGGAGCCUGGUCCUGGGUGACAAAGAAAAGUAUGGCGCCGAUGGCGAAGAUCCGAACAGCGCUUUCUAUGUUCCUAUCCCCACGAAUGGCAGCCCGACUGAGGUUCUGGCCAAUCGCUUUCAAGCAUGGCGCAAGGUCCUGAAGGACCUCAUUAUUUUCUUCAAGGAAGUGCAGAAGUCCUACGAAACCCGAUCGAAACUGUUCCUAUCAGCAUCCAAUAUCAUGCAGAACACAUCGCUUCCCCCCACGUUCCUCAAAUCCGGCGGUCUGUCCGAUGCGACCGACAUUUUGCGCGACUUUCACCGACAAGGAUACUUGGAAGCGAACAAAGCCGCGGAGGUGGAAAGCGAAGUCGUGAACCAGCUGAUGGGUUUGCGAAACGAUCUGCAAAAGAAGACCAAGGAAAUUCGGGGUCUCUCUGGAGAUUUCCGCAACUCCGUGGAGAAGGAAGUCGACGCCACCCGCAAAACGGUUCGGCACUUGCACGAAGCGCUGGGCCUGGUUGACACCGACCCUUCCGCAACCUCUGGAAGAGGUGAUCCUUUUAUUGUUCGCCUGGGCGUAGACCGGCAAAUUGAGAAGCAAAUCGAGGAGGAAAACUACCUGCACCGUGCAUUUUUGAACCUGGAACAUUCUGGUCGCGAGCUCGAGUCCAUCGUUGUAGGCGAGAUACAGAAAGCAUAUAAUGCAUAUGCCAGCAUCCUCAAGCGUGAAGCAGAUGAGACAUAUGACACCGUCGAAAAACUGCGCGCGGGGCCGAUCUCCAUGCCUCACGAUCACGAGUGGAACUCCUUCAUCGCGAACACGGAUGAACUGGUCGAUCCGCGCGUUCCUCUUCGCGAUGUGGAGAAUAUCACAUACCCGGGUAGGGAUCAUCCCGCGGCAGUGGAGGUCCGGUCCGGGAUGUUGGAGCGCAAAAGCAAGUACCUCAAGAGCUAUACACCCGGCUGGUAUGUCCUGUCACCUACUCAUCUUCACGAGUUCAAGUCUGCCGAUCGAGUCGCAUGGCAACAACCGGUGAUGUCAUUGAACCUUCCCGAGCAGAAGCUGGGGUCGCAUUCGCAGCCAGACUCGACGUCGCACAAAUUCAUGCUCAAGGGGCGACAAACCGGGACAAUGCACCGGGGUCAUUCUUGGGUCUUCCGCGCAGAAUCGCACGAUACGAUGAUGGCCUGGUAUGAAGACAUCGAGAGCCUCAUCUCGAAGACUGGCGAGGCUCGGAAUGCAUAUGUGAGGCAGCAUAUUCGAACUGUGAGUGGCAUGAGUUGGCGGAACAGCAGUGAUGGGAUGGAUGAAGACGAAGCAGACCGCACACCGUACUCUGCAGAGUCCGCAGUCUUGCACCAGGAACGUCCGACGUCUCAGCCUCGCGAACCGGGCGGGCGUUUCCCCAGUGAUGUGCAAAUAGACCGCCAUUUGGAGGCUCCACUGUCACCCUCUAGUGGUGAGAGCUCUGGCGAGAGAGAGCUUCUAGCCGCAGCCGGCUCCUUGCCUGACGGUCGGGAUUCAUUCAGCAAUGAUGUAGAGAUGGGCCAGAACCGUGCUGGCAGUGCUGCUGCUGCAGCUCCAGUGGAGAGACACGAUAGCUACUAUGGCAGCUGGAUGAGCACGUCAGAUGGCGGUCGACAGAGACAGUUUGGCCAGCACACCCAAAACUCGAACGACAACCGGGAAAGAGUCGGAUCUGAUCGAGGGAGUACCACGAAUUUAUAUGUGGCGGGACUUGGGUCCACAAACUCUCGCGACCCUUCUUUGACCCGCCAAAGGGAGCGCGGCGAGAGCACAUCAACCGCACCAACAACGACGAAUGUAACCGACUACACUCAUACCACCGUGCCCACGUCGAUUGAUGAACGGGAAGAGUCUGACGCUCAAGAUGACACCUUGGUGGACGACGGUGUGGGCAUUACGAAGCAGCAAUCGGCGGCUUCGGUAGACGGCUCAAUGCGGACGCCACUGGCAGGACCUGUCACAACCGAAUCGGCGGCUGCCUCGCAAACCGGAAGUCUCAGGCGUCCUCCACCGCAGUCCAAGAAUAGUGUGUCGACGCUUGAACUACAGAUUCCAGGCCAUUACCCUCCAACCGGUAUGGCUGCAUAA